UCCUCCCCACUGAGUUAUUGCCAGGUUGGUUUGGUUUCUAUUUCUUUGUUGACUCCUCCUCAGUGCAGAGCAGUGCCUGGCUGCUGUGAGAAGCAGCCGUGACCACAGAGGUGGUGGAAGAUGAACGUCAGCAGCGUCCAGCCUCCCUUCAUGAACCCAAGCGUCCCCUUCACUGGGCCCAUCCAUGGGGGCCUCCAGGAGGGACUUCAGAUCACUGUCACCGGGAUUGUGCACCAGUCCAGUGCAACCAGGUUUGCUGUGAACUUUCAGACCAGCUUCAGUGACCAGGACAUUGCCUUCCACUUCAACCCUCGCUUUGAAGAGGGCGGGUAUGUGGUCUGCAACACAAGGCAGGGAGGAAGCUGGGGGACAGAGGAGAGGAAGAUGCAAAUGCCCUUCCAGAGGGGGAAUCCCUUCGAGCUGUGCUUCCUGGUGAAGAAGAAAAAGUUCCAGGUGACAGUGAACAGAAACUUUUUCCUGCAGUACAUACAUCGCAUGGACUUCCACAAGGUGGACACCAUCUCUGUUAUUGGCCCUGUGGGACUGACCAACAUCAGCUUCCAGCCCCCAAGGUUCUGGCAGGCCAGCAUAGCUCCCAUAACUCAAACAGUCACCCAUACCAUGCAGAGUGUGCCUGGACAAAUGCUCUCUAACGCUGUGAUCCCCCCUGUGAUGUACCCCAGCCCCACCUACCCUUACUUUACUGCCAUACACGGUGGAGUACACCCUGGCAAAAGCAUCACCGUGUUAGGCACCGUCCUGCCCAGCGCUCAGAGGUUCCACAUCAACCUGCGCUCCGGGAGUGACAUCGCCUUCCAGAUCAACUCCUGUUUCAACAAGAACUCCGUGGUCCGAAACACCAGGAUCAAUGGCUCUUGGGGGACUGAGGAGACCUACCUCCCCGGAUCAAUGCCCUUCUCCAGAGGCCAGGGCUUCUCGGUCGGGAUCAUGUGUGAGGAUACCGGCUACAAGGUGGCAGUGAACAGUCAGCACCUGUUUGACUACAACCACCGCCUGCAGAACCUGCCUGCCAUCAACGUCCUGGAAGUGGGAGGUGACAUACAGCUGACCAGCCUGGACACAUAGGCAGGAUUCCUGGCCCUGGGCAAUCAGCUGGAGCACAUCGCUGUCGGGAUCCACUCAUCACCUCCACCUUCCCUGCCCUUGUCCCUGCCCCAGUCCUUCCCAGCCCGCCAAGGAUCUGGAGGGACCGGGUCCCUGUGUGGCCCUGCUUCUGGCUGUAUUCCCCCUGGGGUGGAGGAGGCAGCUGGCUGGGACUGCCUUCCUCAGCCUGGGCACCACCUGGGGCUCUGGCUGCCCAAUCCUAACAUCCGAGGAAGGGGGUGGUAUGUGCAGGUUGAAGCCCCAUGUUCUGUCCCUUGGGCACAAAGGGAGGGUCCUGGGCUUUCCCAAGCCCCCAGCCUACCCCUUGUCUACCUUGGAUCCCAUUUCCCAGCCUCCAUUCAAGUCCACCUCAAGCUCAAGCCACCAGCUGGUCACUCACAAGGGAGGUGGUCUCCUCAGGUCCCCUCUUUCUCCAACCUUUACCCUUUCCUUCUACCAUCACCAACCCUUGCCCCCGUCCAAGAAAGGGACCUUGACUGACACUUUUUAGUCUCCACCAACAGACAGGACCUUCUUCAGCUGGAAGCCCCCCUUUUCCAUUGUGCUUCAGAUAAAGUGAGAGAAAUAUCCCUGGUGCCC